AAACAGCGAGAGCCGUACGUGGAAAGGUCUCUCUCUCCUUCUUCUGUGGCGUGGGUAUGAGCGGGCUGCUCGCUGUCCGACAGCCCUCCUUUUAACGCGUUUCUGCCAGUGAAGGAGGGAGUAUAACAGGUAGAGUGGAGAAAACCAUGGAUGGACUUUACUUUGAUGUGAAACCAAAAGCCCAGAGACCACAAAGCUCUGAGAAAACUCGACAUAAUCUAACCCCGAACCAUCACUCGUGUCCCUCCCUUUCACGCCUCAACUCUGCAGCUCAGAGUCCCCAGAAAUGUGCCGGGGCUUGGGAGAGGGUAGCACCAUGGAGGGGGCAGAUGGACGAGGAAGAGAUAAGAUACCAACUGACAAUGAUUGGUUUCAGGGUAGUUCACUACCUGACCACCAUGGCCAUGCUGCCCUGGGUGGUGGCAGAGAUCUGCAGGUCCUCCAAGAAGGAUCCGGGUGCUGGGCCACGUCAUGCUGCAGGAGGUUCUCCUUCAUGCAGUACUAAGACUGUGUUUCUGUGUGUGUCUGCAUCCUGGGUGCGGUGUGUGUCCGUCCUGGCUGAGCGCCGUCUCUGGGACCCUCUGACACACACAGUGCUGUUUGAAUGUCGUCCUCAUCAAGUGACCAAGUUAAUUCACAACAGCCAGGAGCCCAGUAUCUUUGCCUGCCUGGUGAAAGACUCGCUGAAGUGUGCCUGCUACGUCUUCCAGGGCCUGGACAGCACCAAGGUCCCUGAGAUCAUCAGUACGUUGAGGCAGGCUGGCAAAAGCUCAGCACGCAACAAUGACAUCUUCCCUGACUCCAUAAAGACGUCCACAAGUUCAGAAGGCAGUGAUUCUUCAGAAACAUGCCUCUCCUCAGCCUCUACUACAUCAAACUCCACCGCUCCCACCUCUGCUGUGUCUCCAACAACGUUUGCUAAAAAGUUUGAGGUACUUUUCUGCGGCAGAGUGAGUGUUGCUCACAAGAAAGCCCCACCUGCUUUAAUAGAUGAGUGUAUUGAGAAGUUCAGUCAACUGCAUGGCUCAGGGACAACAGAUAAGGGAGGUGGAGGUUUGGUGGAUGGGCUCAGGAGGGCGUUUACCUUCCCAUCCUCUGGACUGGGAAAUGGUUCUGUUCGGAACGGUACAGCAGGAAGCGCCACCACUGGGACGAGCUCUGCUCUGUUUAAGAGAGACUCCAGCUUCCCAAGCCUGCACCUCGAUGAAAACGGCCUUUGUCCAGAAAUUUCUAACAACAACACUACAGAUUCGAUCACCUGCUCGACGACGGUGCAGCCAACCAGCCUGCAGGAGAACCGGACCAUGCUGUUUACGGUGGGCAAGUCCCAGAUCUUCUUGGUCAGUCCAGACACUAAGAAAGUUGCCAUAGAAAAGAGUUUCCGAGAAAUCUCAUUUUGCUCUCAGGGAAUUCGUCAUGUCGAUCACUUUGGCUUCAUUUGCAGAGAAAUGGCAGAAGGCGGAAGCUGCCAUUUUGUGUGCUAUGUCUUCCAGUGCACUGAUGAAUCAUUGGUGGAUGAGAUCAUGUUGACUUUGAAGCAGGCGUUCUCUGUGGCUGCCCUACAGCAGAACGCAAAGACCCAGAGCCAGCAGUGUGACAGCUGCCCCGUUCAGCAACUCCACAGGCUGUGUGAGAGAAUAGAAGGUUUGCACCCUUCCAAAACAAAGCUAGAGCUUCAGAAGCACUUGGCCACUUUAGACAAUGAUGAGCAGGCUUCAGUCUUUGAAAACACUAUGCGGGCUCGUCCUAAGAGCGAUCAGGAAGAAAAUGAACUAGUGAUGGCUUCCCUAAGGAAUAUGUAUGAGGAAAAACAGAAGACUCAUCAGCACUCUUCUCUUGACAACAGCAAACAGGUUUCUGAAGAUGCAGCUCCUGCAUCUCAGGAGACACAACAGCAGAGCAGCAGUCGGCAGCGGCUGGAGCAGUUCAAGUCCAGAGCGAAGCGCUCUCUUACCGAGUCCUUAGAAGGCAUCUGGAAGGGGAGCAACAAAGCCAAACCUCAGAGGGAGAACAGUCAGGGAAGUGAGAGCAGCUCUUCUUCUGGUGCUGUCAACAGUAGCAGAGGUCAGCCGUGCUUCGAGGACCCCAUAACUCCCUCACCUCAUCUACGACCCACCAGCCCACUCAGAGGCCACAACUCCACUGGAGACUUGAAGCUUCUUGACUCGUCUAUUCCUCUGACUUCGUCGUCCUCCUCUCUACCUGGUGAUCCCGAGCCGCAGGGCUUCCGCCGACGGGCCAGCACCUUCAGUCAUUCCCCCACCCCGUCGUCAGUGCUCGAGGACUCCCCCCUAUACAUGCAGACUCAUUCACCACAGGAACUGAGUGCAGCUACGAAGCCCAAGCUCGUGCGACACUACUCUGUGAGCACAGACAAUCCUCACCAAAGCAAAAAUCUCCCAACCGACUCCACCCUUCCUCCUCUUCCUCCCUUUCCUUCAUGCCAUUCUCCUCUUCUCCUCCAUCAUCCUUCCUCACCUUCUGCUGGAGCCCGUUUCAAUAAAAGAAGUCCUCUGGGUGGUCUCCGUGCCCGUCUGCACUCCUCCUCCUCUGUCCCUAACUUUCUGAAAUUUCAAUUUCUGGCUCCUGUCCAAGAGAACGAUUGUCCCGAGCCAAAAAGCAGGGAUGUUGCUGCUCUCUCUACAUCAAGAGCAGCUUGUGUGGCCGGUGAAAGUCCACUGCGAAACCACAGACACUCGUGGAGGCAGCAGAUCUUCCUGCGGGUUGCUACUCCUCAGAAAGGCACAGACCCCACGGAGCGGGUGGAUCCCUGCCUAGAUGGGGGUCUGAUAUGUGUGGGCCAGGUGUCAGGGGUAGGAAAUGGAGACUCAGCCAUGAGAGCCGUGCCAGAGGAGGGGACGAAGAGGAGCAAAGUGGAGCUGAGGGAGCUGUGGAGGAAGGCCAUCCUACAGCAGAUCCUGCUGCAGCGAAUGGAGAGUGAGAACCAGAAACUGCAAGCCUCAGAGAGCGAUCUGCAGAACAAGCGCCUGAAGCUGGAUUAUGAAGAAAUCACUCCAUGUCUGAAGGAGGUCACUGUGGUGUGGGAGAAACUCCUGAGUACACCUGGCAGAACAAAAGUCAAAUUUGACACAGAGACCAUACAUGCUGCAGUUGCACAAGGUGUGCCAAGGCAGCAUCGAGGUGAGAUCUGGAAGUUCCUCUCUGAGCAGUAUUUACUCCAGCAGACGGUUCCCUCGCGGCCCCCCUCCAACCACACUCCAUACAAAGAGCUUCUGAAGCAACUCACCUCGCAGCAGCACGCCAUCCUCAUAGACCUCGGUCGUACUUUUCCCACUCAUCCGUACUUCCAAGCGCAGCUGGGAGCAGGGCAGCUCUCGCUGUUCAACAUACUGAAAGCUUACUCUCUGCUUGACCCCGAGGUGGGCUACUGUCAGGGCCUGUCCUUCAUUGCUGGAGUUCUGCUUUUACACAUGGGGGAGGAGGAUGCAUUCAACAUGCUCAAAUUUCUGAUGUUUGAUGUCGGGCUUCGUAAGCAGUACAGGCCUGAUAUGAUUAUCCUGCAGAUUCAGAUGUACCAGCUGUCUCGGCUGCUUCAUGACUACCACAGGGAUCUGCACGGCCACCUGGAGCAGCAGGAGAUCGGCCCCAGCUUAUACGCCACCCCGUGGUUCCUCACGCUGUUCGCAUCACACUUCCCCCUCGGCUUUGUGGCCCGUGUGUUCGAUAUGUUGUUCCUCCAGGGUUCAGAGGUUAUCUUCAAAGUAGCCUUGAGCCUGCUGGGUAGCCACAAGCCUCUGAUCCUGCAGCACGACAGCCUGGAGUCCAUAGUGGAGUUCAUAAAGACUACACUACCCAACCUCGGCCUGGUGCAGAUGGAGAAAACCAUAAACCAGGUUUGUGAGAUGGAUGUGUCCAAGCAGCUGCAGGCAUAUGAGGUUGAGUACCAUGUGCUGCAGGAUGAGCUGCUGGACACGCCCCCAACCCUCAACCAGCAGCAAAGAGCUGCGCAGCUGGAGAGGACCAAUCAGAGCCUCCGGCAGCAGAACCUGGACCUGUUGGAGGAGCUGCAGGUGUCCCACGCACGGGUCUGCAACCUGGAGAGUCGGGUGGAGGCCCUGGCGCAGUCGGAGGGACAGCUGAAGGAGCAGGUUUCUGCUCUCGAGGAGGAAAAGAAGCAGCUGGCCAACACCAUCGCACACCUCCACAGGCUCCUCACCGAGCUGGGCAUCAACCCAGACCUUGAUGGGCAGAUGCUCCCCUAAGCUCCUGAAAGAUGAGACUUUGACCACAGUUUCACAGCCGAACAGCAGCACAGUGGACUCUGUCUGGUUUAAAUGUUAAUAGCUGCAUGUAUACACAGGCAGAAUGCAGGAAGAGCUAGAGUUAAAGCCCUAAAGGAAGAAUUUGUUAAAGUGACUCCCAACUUGGUCUUUCACACCUCCACUAAAUGAGAAAAGGAUGCAAGAUGAGAGGGCUUUCCUUUCCUCUUACAGAUGUUAACAAACUCCCAGUUAGCACUGAGCCUCUGCUGUUCAAACAGAAAACCAUCAGAUAGAUUCUCACCUGUCUGUUUGUUCACAAAGAACACGUUUCGUUUCACACGUGGCUUUAUUUGUCCGUGUUGGAUCUGAUCAGGGUAAACUGGCCAAAGAACAUCUUGAUGCUUUAUUUGGAAGAACAAAGACUCCACUACACAGUAUUCCGAGACAUGAUCACUGUUACACAAAGUUGGUCUCAAAGAAAACACCAGAACAGAGUGUGCUGCUGGUGAUUAGCCUCCUAUUGCGCUGUUUUCAGUUAAUCUAUUACAAAGGCUGAAUGUGACGUUAUCUAAACGACGCCGGGUGCUGCUGAAAUGUUUAGGUUGGGAGGUGAGCUAGGUUCAGCUAUUUUUGAUUCUUCCUCGGCACUUGUAGUUCCUAGCUUCCUGACCGUGUGCAUUUUAACUUCAUUUAGCGACAGCAGCUCACAGGAAGAGUGAUACAAUAUAUCCAGUCCAUUUCACAUCCUGUUUUUCACCUCUGAAUACACUUCGAAUCGUGUGCGAGGAUGGAGGGGAUUUUGAAACGGCAGCGCUCCCCAUCCAGGACGGGGGAAGCCCUAACAGGCUCCUCUAAGUUAUUUCCAAAGCCACACUCGGGUGUGACGCCCGCGCCGCUGAGACAAUCUGUAGGGUGUAAAUGUUUUACUGUAUUCUCCCGAUACACUGAACUCCUCGGAGCCGAGCUGCAGCUUGGUGCGUCUGUACGUGAACGUCUGAAUGUUAAUGUUUCUUGUGCACUUCACUGAUCCAAAAAGAAAAGCUGUUUAUCACUUUGAAGAUAUUUUUUGCUUUUACUCUUUUGCACAUAUUUUCUGUUUUAUUGAUCUAUUGUCAGUCUGUACUUUAAAAUACAACUCAUUAUUAUUUCAGCACACAUGGAGUCUGCCUUCUUUUUGUGCCUGAGGUUGUCUGCUUACAAUAAAGAAUCAUGGAUCAGA